GCGAGCAGUGCGACGCGACGUUUAGUGGUGCGCACCCACCUUGUGACAUACAGCGGGCGGAUCACACACACACAUACACACACACGCGCGUAUCAAUACCGAGAGACUGGCUCUCUGUCAGACGUGCCACACUUUGCCUCAGAGGCGUGCGUUUAGUUUUAUAAAUCGCACAUGUAUAACCUGAACAUCAACAUGGCGGGGAUCGAUGGCCCAUGCAACACACCAAAGACCCCUGAGGUGCUCAACUCGGUGAUUGCAAUGAGCAGUGGGCCUUUCACUUAUCCCAGUGGCAGCGGACCCCAUCAACAGCAGCACUCGCUGGCGCACCAAGUUUCGCCGCUCGCUGGAGGCCAGCAGGCGAUGGCGCAGUCUUCCAACUUAAUGCACCCCUCGCAAGAAAUCAUGCCACCCCCAAGUGUGCAACACACUUGCUCUCAGCUGAUUAAAGAAGGAUUAAAACUGACGAUCCAGUCAAAAAGAAAAACCAGUGGCGGCCCCGAACCCGUUUUCCCUAAUAACGACACUUCGCCCGCCGAAGACGUUAAUUCCAUGGUGCCUAAAAUGCAGUAUUUUUCUAGCAAUAUCAGUUCGUCAGGCGAUGAUGAGUUCUUUGGCUUUCAGUUGACUGCCGAGGAUGCAGAGAGAAGAAGACGACGGCGCGAAAGGAACAAAAUUGCAGCCACGAAAUGCAGACUGAAGAAACGUGAGAAGACAGUCAACCUUGUACAGGAAUCGGAAGUGCUGGACGCGCAAAACCAUGACUUGAAGGCGCAAAUAAAAAAUUUGGAAGCUGAGCAGCGGCGCCUCGUGGAUAUGUUGACGGUGCAUCAGCCGGCGUGCAUCAAUAACAUCACCAGCAACCCAGUGAGCCUGAUAGGAGUUAAGGACCCCCAGAUGGCCCCUCACAACCAGCAUCAUUACUCGAACUAUUACUCGGGUCAUGGGUCAUGCAACUCACCGCAAGAAUCCCCUCAGAAUCCCUAUGUGCAUGUGGAAGUUUACCCCCAUCACCAGGGCCUAGACAGAGGUUGUCUUGUCUAAAACGCAAGAGAGCAAACAAAAAUAUUUUUUGUACAGUACGAAAACAUGCUGAAAGCAUGAAAACUAUCUGAAAAAGUGGGACCCUCUUAAAACACUCCAAUAUUCCAUUUACUGAGAGAAUUUUAAGCUAGACACUCGCUAUUUAUUUAAAUACGGACGUAUUUUUACACUUCUCUACAAAUGUAAAAUAAACACGGAAGACAAAAAGAAAUGGAAAAUAAAAAUUAUAUUAAUUUCUUGAUGAAUUGUAAUUCCUGUCAAUGCUGAGAACAAAUAAUAAUUACAUUUGUGUUGUGUGGCUAUAUUUUUGUAUAGCACAAAAUUCGCAACACGCACUACAAUAAGAUCUUGUCGGAAGCAGCAAACUUAACAAGAGUGUGUAUGAAUGUGACAUCUUGGAAAGUGUCUGCAAAUGCUUGGCUGUGUAGUUUCAAGCCAUAGUCACCUGCUUAUUUAAGAGCAGUGAACUUCAAUGUGCCUUCCUUUAAUUUAAAAGUAAAUUAGCUGCGCGACAAUAAUUUUUUGUAAAAAAGAAAAUUAAUUUUUUACGCAGAUUUGAUACUUUUUUAAACUUUUUAAAUAGGAGAUUUUUUAAAUCGGCCAUAAGCUGAAUCAAAAUGAUUUUGUAAAAGCGAAGAGAAAUUUUAUUCUAAUCGAAUGUGUGCCUUUUAUACUUUAAUGUGCUGAGCAAAUUUAAAUUUUAAAUGAGCAAAAAUUUGCAGAGAAACUAUCCUUGAGUGCCAACUUUGUCAACUUAAUUUUAUAACUGUAUUUGUUAUAGUAUCUAUUCUAGUUGAUGAUAAAAUACACAAAAAGUAUGCAUGUAUAUUAUUUUGCUGGGAGUCAUGAGAGUUUUUUCAUGAUACUCUCUUAGCAACGAUUUCAGCAAAGGAAAAUCAAAGCAUGUUACAGGAUCAACUACUAUUAUACUAUUUAGCUUUCGGUACAAAUUUUUUCCUAUAAAUUAGUAAGAUAUAUGUUUACCAUUGAUUAAUUUCAACACAAUUAACGUUAUAUUGAUGAAAACCCUCUAUCAUUGUGAUUCUGAAUUUUAAGUGCUAAUGAUGUUACAAAAGUGGCCUCGACCAAAAUCUCACUAACAAAAAGUUCAUAGAGCGAGCAUAUCACAAUUAAAAUUUAAAGCAUCUUCUACCGACCAUGAAACAUGUCUUAAAAUAAUUGGUCACAAAAAUAUAAUUCACACCAAUUUUACUGAGAAUGUAAAAUUUGUUCG